CUGGUGGCCGAAGUGCGGUACUGCAGCCCGGCGUUCGCGCGCCGGCUCUGGUCCCUCCGGCGCGCCGUCGGCGGCCGGCGCAUGCGCGGUCCCCGGGAGCAGCGUGGCGGGGCGCAGGGCGCGGGUCUCGGCGGCAGCGGGCGAGCGCCGGGACCGCGGGUGAGGCGAGCGAUCCCCUUCGGCGGGGGCAGGGGGCUGCCGGGACGGGAAGCUGCGAAGCGGCCACCGCGGCAGGCUCCCGGUCCGCCGGAGGCGAGCCGGGCCAGGGCAGCGCCGCGCCGGGGAGUUCCCCGAGAGCCACCGGUAGAAGGGAAGAGGGGACGGAGGCGCGGCCAGCGGGCGCCUCCCCGAGUCGCCAGAGCUCCCCCGGCGCCGCCCCCGGCCCUGCUCGGCCCGUGCGGCUGCCCCCAGCUCCAGCCCCUCCCCUGGAGCCUGUGCUGUGGCCGCAGGCAGCCCCCGAGCCCUGUCGUGAGGGCAGCAAGCUGGCCCUCAGUGCAUCUCCAGAAGCCUCUGCAGAAGGAGGGGCUCUGGCCAGGGGCGAUCUGCGGUAAUGAGUCGAUGCUUCUCUUUCGCAGAGGCUGCGCUGAGGGCAUGGUUGUCUCUUCCUCCCUUGGGGAUGCCGUUGACUGCAGCAGCCUCAGGCUUGCGUGGGCUGUCUCUGCCUGGCCUCCCUCUCCGCGCGGGCGCCGGAGCACAAAGGGACAGGUGGGGCACUUACCGGCUGUGGGCAGGAGCUGCUGCGGCUGA